AGGGGUGAACCAGGCAAGAUGGUGAAGCAUAACAAUGUCAUCCCCAAUCAGCACUUCAAGAAGCACUGGCACGGAGGAAAGAACGGCAAGGGGAGCUAUGUGAGGACAUGGUUCAACCAGCCAGCCAGGAAACACCGCCGGGCGACGGCUCGGAUUGAGAAGGCAAAGAAGGUCUUCCCAAGGCCGGCAGCAGGUCCGCUGCGCCCGAUCGUGCACGGACAGACCAUCAAGUACAACUUGAAGAAGCGUCUGGGAAGGGGGUUCACCUUGGAGGAGCUGAAGGAGGCUGGCAUUGCUGUCAAGCUGGCGCCCACCAUCGGCAUCGCUGUGGACCACAGGCGGCACAACCGCUCCCUGGAGAGCCUGCAGGAAAACGCAGCGCGCCUGAAGGCCUACAAGGCCAAACUGGUGAUCUUCCCCACCCGCAGCAACAUGCCCAAGUCUGGCGACAGCACGGCUGAGGAGCUGAAGGUUGCGCAGCAGCACAAGGGACCUUUGCUGCCUCUGGUGCACGCGGCCCACAAGCUGGAAUCCGUCAAGCUCACAGACGAGCUCAAGGCAGAGAAGGCAUACUACAAGCUGCGGCUGGAGCGCACAAACGCCAAGCUGGUCGGUGUGCGUGCCAAGCGCGCUGCGGAGGCAGCUGCUGAGGAGAAGGACAGGGCAAAGUAGACAUGUCUGCUUUGUCAUCUUCGCUAGAUACCUUUUAUUCAAUGUUGUGCUGUAUCGUCUGAAGAAAGGUGUCCUUGGCAAUCUCACAAAGGCCGCACAGCUCUUGGAAACUUUUCUGUUUGCUCCUGUCAGUGCUGCUCAGCGUCAGCGGCUGUGAUCUGUAGUGCCACAGGACAACCAUGUCAUGCGGCUGGAGUGAUUAUACCGAGGAAUAUUUGUAAUUUUGUGAUGGCCAUCGCAUGUUGCAUAGCAAUGAAUGAGUAAUCUUUGUCCUGCAAUGC